UUCUCCAUCAUCGGACGAGGGGUGAUGCUGGCGGUGAAAGAAGGCCGUGUGGUCACAGGAGUCUCCAGCAUGGCCAGCGAUGACAGCAGGAAGGUGGCUCUGGUGCUCAAUAAUGCCAUCUACUUAGACGGGACGCACUACACGCAGGAUGGCCGUGACUGUCAUUUCUUCGUGAAGAUCGGCUCAGCUGACAGUGACCUUCUAGCUUUGGGACUCACCAAUGGACGCAAGGCGCUGGAAAGUGGGAUCAAUGUGACGGUAAGCGGUCGCUCGCGAAGAGGGGUCACCGUUGAGUUCCGGGUUCCGGCGCUUUCUCUGAGCGUGCGCUAUGGGUUGGCGUCGGACGUCCUGGAUGAGGAGAGAGCUCGUCUGUUGGAGUUGGCUCGGCAGCGGGCGCUAUCGGGAGCCUGGCUGCGAGAGCAGCAGCGGGCGCGGGAUAAUAAGGAGGGAAGCCGCUUGUGGACUGAAGGAGAGAGACAGCAGCUCCUUUCAACAGGGAAAGUGCAAGGGUACGACGGGUACUACAUUUUACCCGUGGAACAGUAUCCUGAACUAGCGGACAGCAGUUUCAACAUCCAGUUCCUGAGACAGAAUGAGAUGGGGAAGAGGUAACAGUCCAAAUCAUUUGUUAUCCCGUUUCUUUAUAUUUGGCUUUCUCUCCGCUUAUACCUUUACCGUUUUCAGUUCUUUUCUCGAUCUUUUUCUCUCUCUUGCUCCGUCUUUCUCUUUUUUUCCUCGCUUUUUUUUCCGUUAUCUCUUGAACCCACGGAGAAUAAUUGAACUAUUGGGCAAACUCACCGAACGCUGCAGGGACUUUUAAAAGAAGAACAUUCAAAAACUUUGUUAAUACUGCCUCUGGCAAAAAAAAAAAAGGAACAAUUUGAAAGACUUCGUCUUUGUUUUUCAACAGUGGACGUCAAAAAGCACUGAGAAACUGAAAAACAAAACAGAGCUACUGUUGCUGAAAUACGAAAAAUCCCCUUUUUAAAAAAGAAUAGAUAUUUUGACCCAUAUUUUUUGGGUUACCGAGAGGAUGUUGGUGCCAGAUGGUACGCUUGUGAUCGUGUGAUCUGGAUCGGAGAGGUGCUGCGAGUCUCACGCGCCGCUGGAGAGGCCCAGUCUCGACGUCAGAACUGAGGAGUAACAUCCGUCAUGAGAAAUGUCAGUCUCAGGCCUCACAUUCUUCACAGCUAAACUGUCAAUUGCCUCUGCAGCAAGUCCCAUCAUCUACAGACUGUUUCUUCAAGACAAAUCCAGCGGAGUAAAAGUGAUGAGAACAUCCAAGUCUGGCAUAGUUUGUUUCAUCACUGAUAGAAAAGUACAGUACUUGCAUAUCUGUAUCUGAUAACAGUGAAGUUCUGAGUGUGCUUUAGAUGCGAUAGUUUUGUACGUCCCAGUCGCAUUAGAGUAACGAGACCUUCACCAGGGCACUUCUGUAUAGAGAUAUCAGAAAAAGAAAAAAAAAAACACUCACAGACUCCAGAUUGAAAGGUUACUAGUGUCAGAAACUAUUUAUUUUUUCUUAGUUUGUUUUAAUUUUUAUCAUUCAUAGUACUCUAUGACAAUCAUAAAGGAGUCGCCGCUUUUAGCUACAAAGAUGAUGGUCGAGUUUAUUUUCCUUUGUACGAUAUGUAAUAAUUUUACAUUUUUGUAUUAAUUUACUUUUUUUUUUUUCCU